CUAUCCCGCCCGCCUCUCCGCUUCGCUCAAUUCAGUCGUACGCGCGCGUUUGUUGUUAUAACUCGUGAAUGUCGUGUCGCUCUCUAUCACAUGCUGUGUUUACAGUAGUGUUAUUGUUUUUAUUCUACAACUACAUUAACUAGUGAUAAGUGUUAGUGACAGUGUGAUAAAUCGUACGAAUCUGUGUCCCAGGAUUAGUUAUUGCGUACUAUUCAGUGUGGUUCUCAAGGAGCAGACAGCCACGGCAGGCCCCGAGCGCAGCUCGGGUCAUGCGGUCCGUAAGGCGCCUGCGUGCACCAUGACGCGGCGCGGCGCACGGCGCUCCUGGCCAGCGGUGGCCUGCGUCAGCGCAGCCCUACUGCUGGCCUUCGCUUGCGGACGCCUUGAUGCCGCCGAACCGCCACGGAUCGCGCCGGACGUAUGCUCUUCGAUGGACAUUAGGAAUUCCCCUGAGAACAUGAUCAACAAGCUCAGGGGGUGCCGGGUGAUCGAGGGCCAGCUCAGCAUCGUCCUCAUGGAGAAGGUUAACGCGACCAACUUCAAAAACGUUAGCUUCCCAGAGCUCAGGGAGGUCACUGACUACAUUUUGAUAUAUAGGGUUAAGGGCGUCCGUAACCUCGGUGACUUAUUUCCCAACCUUACCGUAGUUCGGGGUAUGCGACUGUACAAGGACUACGCUAUUGUUAUAUAUGACAACGAGCAUAUAGAGUCUUUGGGCCUACGCUCGCUGACGCGCAUCAUGCGCGGAGGGGUGCGGAUCCAACACAACGACCGGCUCUGCUACACGGACACAAUCGACUGGAGCAAGAUCGUCGCCAGGGACAUGGAGAACGUCAUCAUUAGGAGUAACUACGACCCGCGACUGUGUGGACUGUGCCCAGAUGCGCAGGAGCGCUCCGUGGACGUAGCGCUACCCUCCGCUGGCCAGUGUCCCACAGACUCUUCUGGCACGCUGCUAUGUUGGGAUGAGAAACAUUGUCAGAAAAUGUGCCCGACGGAUUGCGGAGAGAGCGGGUGUAUGAGCGACAAGUCUUGUUGCCAUCGCACGUGUCUCGGCGGCUGCAGUGGACCCACUUCUCGGGAUUGCUUCGCCUGCAAGAAUUACUCCUUUGGAUACGGAAAGGAGAGAAUGUGCGUUGAAUCCUGCCCUGUUGGGACUUACAAGUUGAACGCGCGCUGCGUGUCGGCGGGCGACUGCCGCGCGAUGCCGCUGGGCUCGACUGGCGACGUCCACGGUCGCCCCUCUUCCAUCGUGAAGGCCUACAAGAUCUACAAUGACUCUUGCAUCUUGGUCUGCCCCAGCGGCUUUAUGGAGGAAGGUGAUGAGAAGAACGCGCGUUGCGUGCCGUGCAAAGGCUCUGGCUGCCACCACAACUGCAGCGGCGCUAAGAUCGACUCCAUCGCCGCCGCCGAGCAGUUCCGCGGCUGCACGCACGUGCGCGGCAAGCUCGAGAUUUCUUUACGGGGCAGCGGUGGCAAUACGAUGACAGUGCUGGAGCAGUCGCUGGGUGAGAUUCGCGAGGUGGAGGGUUGUCUGCACGUGACGCGCUCCUUCAUGCUGAUCUCGCUGAUGUUCCUCAAGAACCUGCGCACCAUCACCGGCACGCCCCUACCUGAGUGCAAAGGGCAGACUUUAAACGUCUUCAACAACCCAAACCUGGAGCUCCUCUGGGACUUUCAGGCGCACGGGCCCCUCAAUAUCACGGGCGGGUCGCUCUUCAUCCAUCUGAACCCCAAACUCUGCUACGCGCGCAUCGUGCCCCUCAAGAACAUGACCAGCAAUCCCCCAUCCCAGUUCACGGAGAUCGAGGUCUCCGAAGACAACAACGGGAACCAAGGCUCAUGUGACCAAGUGCAGUUGCAUCUGAAAGUGCACCAGAAUGGUGUGCGGGUUAUUCUGACAUGGAACGCGUAUUGCCCGGGCGAUUCUCGAAAACUUCUGGGAUAUUCCGUGUAUUACAUCGAAGCUGAGAAAAAUGUUACACUCUACGAACAGAGAGACGCUUGUUCCGACACGUGGAAUGUCAUAGACAGAACGAAGGACGAGGUGCGGAGUGCGAACGCGACGGCGGAAGUGACGUCACCCACGGAACUGAUGCGGGACCCGUGUCCCGUGCAGCCGUCCUUCACGAUGCUGCCCGACCUCAAGCCUUUCACGCGCUACGCUGCCUACGUCAAGGCGUACACUACGCAGCAAGAUAGAAAGGGCGCGCAGAGUUCUAUUAUAUACUUCAAGACGCUGCCCGGACGUCCGUCACCCCCAACUAACUUGGUGGUGGACCAUUCGGGGCCGCACUCGGUGAGCAUCAGCUGGUCGCCGCCGGUGUUGCCCAACGGAAUAUUAGAGUUGUACCACGUGGAGAUCCAGGCCAACAGCUACAACAAGCCCAAGAUCCUCGGCUCCAAGAGCAACUACUGCACCAAUCCGAAUGCAUUGGCGAAUAAAAUAAAGGCGGAUCACGAGCUAUCGCCGGAGGUGCGCAAAGAGCAGCAGACCGGUGACGUCAGCCGCAACAGCACCUGCGCGUGUGACAGGGACGGCGGCAGACCCAGCGUCAAAUUCACUUCUAGAGCUGAAGAGGAGCGCACAGAGAACAUUCAGUUCGAGAACGAGCUGCAAAAUGGGGUGUAUAUAAAAACUCCGAAAAAACAAAAGACGACGAAGAGCAGACGACGGCGCUCAGUGGACAAAAGCGUGCAAAGCAUGUUGGUUAUCCUCAGCAAGAACACGAGUCCUACCCUCGGCCUCAAUUACUCCAACACCACGGACGGCGAAGUCAAAUGCAGUCGCGUGGAGCCUAACGUUUGCGUCAUAAAGGACAAUACUACAGGGUACGUGAAAUCCCUGUUCUACGAGCUGAACACACGCACCCUGUCGCUGAAGGUAUCUCACCUGCGUCACUGCACGUGGUACACGGUGAAUGUGUGGGCGUGCCGGCAGAAGGACAACAACGACACUGACUGGUGCUCCGAACGGGCCUACUUCACCUUCAGGACACUGGAAUUGGCGGGUGCGGAUAUGGUGACUAAUUUACAUGCGGAGAUCCUGCCUUCCAACAAAACAGUACCGGAAGUGAAUGUAACUUGGGAACCGCCUAAAAACCCCAACGGAUUCCUAGCGGCAUACAGAGUUCAGUACACGAAAGUUGAAGAGAACACACAGGGUGGUGAACUGGCCCUAAUGACGUGUGUAACCGCGGAUGACUACGAGAGCAACGGACAGGGCUACACGCUGCGGAACCUCGUGGCCGGGAACUACAGCCUCAAGGUCACUCCAAUCACCGUCAACGGCGCCGGCGUCGUCUCCGAGAUCUUCGUCUUCAUACCGGAACGACCAACGGGUCAAGGGCACGAAUGGAUAUGGGGGCUGGUGGGCGGGUGCUUCAUCAUGUUGCUGGUGGUGGCAGGCGGCAUCUGGUACGCGCGGCGUGGGCUGCUGCCGCCGGCCGAGGCCAACAAGCUGUUCGCGUCAGUCAACCCCGAGUACGUGUCCACGGUCUACGUGCCCGACGAGUGGGAGGUGCCCAGGGCCAACAUCGACCUAGUGCGGGAACUUGGACAAGGAUCUUUUGGCAUGGUGUAUGAAGGCAUAGCAAAGAACCUUGAAAAAGGCAAACCAGAAACUCGGUGCGCUGUGAAAACUGUCAAUGAACAUGCCACUGACAGGGAGCGCAUCGAGUUCCUAAACGAGGCGUCAGUGAUGAAGGCGUUCGACACCUACCACGUGGUGCGGCUGCUGGGCGUGGUGUCGCGCGGGCAGCCCACGCUCGUCAUCAUGGAGCUCAUGGAGCUGGGCGACCUCAAGACCUACCUGCGCAGCCACCGCCCCGACGCUGACUCCUCCAUCCCCAAGAAGGACGCCGGCAACCCGCCCACGCUGCAGAACAUUCUGCAAAUGGCUAUUGAGAUAGCCGACGGUAUGGCCUACCUAUCGGCCAAAAAAUUCGUGCACCGCGAUCUAGCGGCGCGCAACUGUAUGGUGGCCGGCGACCUCACUGUCAAAGUGGGCGACUUCGGCAUGACCAGAGACAUUUAUGAGACUGAUUAUUAUAGGAAGGGCACCAAAGGCCUGCUGCCCGUUAGAUGGAUGAGCCCCGAGAGCUUAAAAGACGGAGUAUUUUCCAGUAAUAGCGACGUUUGGAGUUAUGGUGUAGUUUUAUGGGAGAUGGUGACACUCGCUAUGUUGCCAUAUCAAGGCCUGUCGAAUGAGCAGGUGCUACGUUACGUAGUGGAGGGCGGGGUGAUGGAGCGGCCGGAGCACUGUCCGGACCGGCUGUACGAGCUGAUGCGAGCGUGCUGGGCACACCGCCCCGCCGCACGCCCAGCAUUUCUGCAGCUGGUGGCGGAUCUCGCGCCGCAAGCCAUGCCCUACUUCCGUCAGCGGUCCUUUUUCCACACGCCGCAGGGACAGGAGACCUACGCGCUGUUGCAGAGGACCCACAAUGAGGAAGAGGCCGACAUGGCCGAGGUGAACGUGGGCGCGGUGGCCACGGGGUCCGGCUCGAACCUGUUCGGGGUGUCGGGGCGGCUGGCGUCGUGGGUGCUGUCGUCGCUGCGCUCGCGCUCGCCCGAUGACGCGGCCGCCGAGCCGCUGCAGCCGCUGCAGCCGCUGCCCGCGCGCAAGCCGGGGCCCAACGGCGUGCUGCGCGACGCCGGGCCCGCGCCGCACUGCUAGCGGGGACCGGGCCCGCGUCGGACUGCUAGCGGGGACCGGGCCCGCGCCGGACUGCUAGCGGGGACCGGGCCCGCACCGGACUGCUAGCGGGGCCGGGCCCGCGCCGCACUGGUAGCGGGGUCCGGGCCCGCGCCGGACUGCUAGCGGGGACCGGGCCCGCACCGGACUGCUAGAGGGGUCCGGGCCCGCGCCGCACUGGUAGCGGGGUCCGGGCCCGCGCCGGACUGCUAGCGGGGUCCGGGCCCCCGCCGCACUGGUAGCGGGGACCGGGCCCGCGCCGCACUGGUAGCGGGGACCGGGCCCGCGCCGCACUGGUAGCGGGGACCGGGCCCGCGCCGCACUACUAGCGGGCCACCGGACACCGGGAGAAUCGGGGCGUUCCGCCAUAUCUAAUUUUCUCAAAUCGCUAUCGAGUCUCGAGUCGCUAUCCGAGCGCUCCCUCGAUCGAAUCUGUAUAUUUUGGAAAUUGAACCGAUAGCGAAUCCCUGAUGUAAACGCCCGAGUGACCACCUGGAUCCCGCCUGGUUCUAUCUACCUCAGGUCGACCGCCCGGAGGCGGCCGACUCUUCGAAUCUUAGUCAUAAGAGUAGCUAGUAAAUUGUCGCGAGCGUCCCGCGUCGUUUUAUUUAUUGCGUGUCGCGGCGAGCGUGGCGGCGCGGCGCUGGAAUCUGUACAAGUAAACUUGCCUAUUGUCGAAAAUUAUAUUGAGAUGAAAAAGUUAGGGAUGGAGCGGAAUUUUAUCAUUUCAUCAUUUUUAAAACAUGUAUGACAUGUGUAAGAAAACCAUUUAAAACUGUCUAUAACCAGACAAGUGGAAUGAAAAUAAUUUCCUAUCUUUUCGUCAACAAUUUCACGUAUAAACUUGGUUUGUCGCGUAACGAACGCAUGCGUUGUAAAACUCGACGUAUGUUUGUGAUUUUUUUUAAGGAGACCUAUGUAAUGUGAUUCUAGCGGCGUUGUCCGCCGCAGCCGCGGCGCGCCUCGACUCUAGGACGGGCCGUCGGCUUCGGACGACGCGCGUCCGUCCGUUCGUUUUCAUAUCAGGAAAUUAAUAUUUUUGCUGAAGCUAUAUUGAGAGUCGAUUCGUGUCGACGCGGAUCCUAUAUAGUUUACCUCAAUAUAUAUAGUUGUAUUGGUGUCAUUUUUGACAUAGCCUAUUAAUGUUAAGUUUCGGAUGUAAGUUGUAAAGUGUGUAAUAGGUAUGUUAUCGCAUGAGCUAGUUCGUGUACGAAUUGAUUUCUUCGCGUUCAUUGGCCGAAUGCUUCAUUGUUUCGAUCGAAAUCCUAACGAGUGUCAAAUUUGUCGAAGUUGUUAAUGUUGUUGUUACGAGCACUUUUUGUUGAGAGUGCAUUCCUGUCCACGAAUUUGCCACUCGUACUGUUCGAUGCAAUUUUAUGCAACUGUUAUAAUACUCAAUCUGUUCUAGAGCCCUUCUUCCUUGUUUAACUGUUAACUAAAUGUCUAUAUGUAUCUAAAUAAAAAUCAUUCUAAUAUCGGAUUUAACCACCAAAGACUAAAUAGUUUCAAUAGCAAAUAUAGUUGCAAAAAUUAUAUAAAUUGACAAUCGAAAAAGCAUUUUUGACUAUGUGCGACCUACCUACCUAUUAGUUAAAUAUGUAGUGUGCAACCAAAUUCAUAUGUUCAUUAACAAUGCAAUAGAGAUACCUGCCAUUAUUGUUAUGUAGUUGUAUUAACGACUAUUAUUAUUUUUUAAAUAUUUAUAUUUAAAUGUGCUCUAUAUGUAUAGUUCUAGCUGAUAGAGCCAGACAGAGAAACAGAGAAUCAUAUAAACUACAAUUAGACUUAUUAUAAUGUAACCAUGCCGACUAAAUGUAUGUUUAAUAACAUACUUAUUUAUCUCACAUUUGUAUAGCAUCUACAUUAUGUUAUAUUCAACAUAAUUUUAAAUUGGUUUGGUAUGGUAUUUGAAUGAUACAAGUUCAAGGACUGCAAUCAUAUAGAAUGGUGUUAUGCACCAUUCGCCUGCAUGGCGACCUUCCCAUGCACUGAAGUUGGCAGCUGAUAAACACCAUUCCCUCUAGUACAUUCAACUCAUUUUGAGUACUCCAUACGUUAGAGAAGAAGUUUUCAGAAUAUUUUUAUUUAAAGGCCCCACACAAGGUAUCACAUUUAAACUUCAAUUAGGUCCAAUUGAAGUUCAAAUGGUCUUGACCUCCCCGUAGCAGCACUUCAACCAUUUCUUAUAAUGUGAUGGCUGUGAUGGCAUCAGUGCAGAAAUGUUCACGCAUCUUGAGCUCUUCCCAAUGUACCCGCUUUGGAGACAUGAAUACCGACAUGUUUCAUUAGUCACCCCAAGCAUAAGCAAAGAAUCGAAUGUUUAUCAAAUGUGCUUGUAAUACUUUUAAAUCCAAUUUCACGAGCUCCCACUUGUAGGUAUUCAUUCUUAUCAAGAGUCACCGAUUAUUUGAAUUUAUUACCUCUAUUCUUACUUUUUCUUCUGUACUAAAACCAUUCAAAGUCAUUUCAAAAUCUCUUGGAAUAUAUCUGAGAAUGUUGUAAUCAAGAUGGAGGAAUUACCAUAUCUCCUUUUGAUUUUAUGUUGACUUCUUUCAGAAUCUUCCGUUGUAAAUGUUGUAAUUAGAAGAUGAGAUGUUCUCCUGGCGCCCAAUAGAACCCACUGAGAGAGCCGAUAGAUAGCACCUAGAUCAUUCUGACCAGACUCAGGCUUUCAGUAUGUUACGAUCCAUGGUUUGUAGUAUGAUUUCAUCAAAAGAUUUACAUAUUUAUUCAAAUCCGAUGUGUAAUAACUCUGAGCAAAACUUUUGAUGGAUCGUAUAAAAUGUAAUGUGCUCAUUGGAUAUUGGAGUGCGACGAACGAAAUUCUCUAUAGUAUAGUGACGGAGCCGGCAGCUGGCUAAGCUCUGCGCGCGCAUAUGGCAGCUACUCUAAUCUAGUUCUAACAUAAUGACAGUUUAUAAAUUCAAAAAAAUUUUCUAAUCGACCGUGGAGCUUAACUUGCGACUGGCUUAGACUACAUCUAUCAUGAUAAUAAACUAACUUAUUAUUCCAAAUAGGCAUGGACAUGGGGUAAAGUUUUAAACUGUUCUAUAUCCAGUUGUAACUCUUCUCUCUGUAGAUAAAUGUUAAAGUAAAUAUACAUAGCCAGCUAUAUUAUACAUAUGCAAUGUAUUUUAAAUUUAUGGAAUAUUUAUUUAUAUAAAUAUUCAACCAAAGGUUAUUAAGAUCCUGAUACAACAAUCCUGUGCAAUAGAGCCGUCGACUUACGCGAUUAUACUAUAAUGUUUAAGGGUGUAAACGAGUGCCUUCAGACAUCCAGCCUUCAGCGGAAUGCAGGAUUGUUGAUUGUGUUGAUACACAUGAUGCAUAUAAUUUGUUUGUGCACUGGCGGUAUACGAAUCGUACAGUUCCAUUUGCGUGCAAAUUAUAAUGUAAACUAGUAAUUUUUUAAACCUAAUACGAAAUCCACAACGAUCGGAUACCGUGCCACAGGAAUGUAAUUCGACGGGCUGGCUUGGAAUGGGCUAUGUGUUAUGUUAUGCAUAGUGUGAAGUGUGAAGGCCGGACGCACCAGCGUCUGCGCAGUUGUCAGACCGCACAGGCGCCGGGGCCUCGGAGGCGAAGGACGGGAAUGAGUAUUGUGGUCAUUGACGAGGGGCUCAAGGCACGUUGCAUUAAUUGUAUCUUUUCAACAAAUCAUUAUUUAAAAAAUAAUGUACAUAAACAUUGUUUUCCAAAACUUGAAUGGAAUCUUUGAUCAUUUAAUGAAUGUGUAUCCAAAGUAAAAAUCCAAAUAUUUCUUUAAUUUUAGAAAUUGCAUAGUGCCUUUUGCUCAAUUUAUGAAAUGUAAGUUAGUGUAUUAAGCGUAAUGUUAAAUUUAGGCCAUAUUUUCCACCUUCGUCGUUAUUCGCAAAUGAUCCAGUGUAGCAAAGUGUGUACGCGUUCGAUGGCUGCGCUGAAAUGUUGUGCGGUCUGCGCGCGACGUGUUGCACAACGUUGCCUCGCACCACGUUUCUGCGGGCUUCACUAUUAACCUUCUCUUACUUAUCUACCUACGCUCUUAUUUUUGUCAGUAUUUAAUUUUAUUGUGAUUUCCAUUUAGUAAGGCAGUUACAUUACCUCAUUUUAGUAAUUAUAUUAUUCGUAAAUUUUGACUGAUAAAAUAUUUUCCAAGUGAUGUGUUCCUCUUGUGAUUUGUGUGCGUGUUAUGUAAAAGUGUCGGGGUAGCGUUGUGCUUUAUGCUCAAUUUAGAUACGAUUUCACCAAACGAUUUAGAUAGUGUACAAUUUUUAUAUUUAAUUUAAUGAGAACCGAGUACCUAUUAAUAAUAAUUUUAAUAUUUACAUUAAUAAAAAGUUACAAAAUAUAAAUGAA